GGAGGGGGGGGGAAGGUUCUGGAGGCCGCCGCCAUCUUAGCGCCGCGUCCGGGCCGCCGCCGCCGCCGCCGCCAGCCCAGGGGGCCCGGAAGAGCCCCGGACCCCGGCGCGAGCGCCGGCCCUCGGGGGGAGCCCCCCCAAGGAGGGCCCAAGAUGGAGGCGGGGGGCUCGAACCCCGCUGCAGGACCCGACGGACGCCAUGACGUCGGACGACUUCGAUAUCGUCAUCGAGGCCAUGCUGGAAGCGCCCUACAAGAAGGAAGAGGCGCAGCCCGGCCCCUCCAAGGUGCAGACGGAGACCCCCGCGGCGCAGCCGGCGGAGGAGACAAGCAAAGAGGCCAAGAAGGAGAGCGGGAGCAGCAGCGGGAGCAGGUCAGAGGGGUUUGGGGGGGCCACAGCAGGCCGGAGCCGGGACCGGGACAGGGACCGCCGUCGUCGCAGCCGGAGCCGGGGUCGCCGCAGCCGUCACCGCAGCCGCAGCCGGGAGCGCCGGCGGGGAAGCCGCUCCCGCAGCCGGGAGCGCCGGCGGGAAGAGCGAGCCCGGUACCCCUUCACCCCCAAAAUCCCCCUAAAACACCCCAAGCGCCGCUUUGGCCACAGCAAGAGCCCGCUCUACCGGGAGAAGAGCCCUGUGCGGGAGCCCCUGGGCAGCCUGAGCCCCGAGGAGCGGGAUGCCCGCACCGUUUUCUGCAUGCAGCUGGCCGCCCGCAUCCGGCCCCGCGAUCUGGAGGACUUUUUCUCCGCCGUGGGCAAGGUGCGGGACGUGCGCAUCAUCUCGGACCGUAACUCGCGGCGCUCCAAGGGCAUCGCUUACGUCGAGUUCUGUGAGAUCCAGUCGGUUCCCUUGGCCAUCGGCCUGACCGGCCAGCGUCUCCUCGGGGUCCCCAUCAUCGUCCAGGCCUCUCAGGCGGAGAAGAACCGGCUGGCGGCCAUGGCCAACAACCUGCAGAAGGGCAGCGGGGGCCCCAUGCGCCUCUACGUGGGCUCCCUCCACUGCAACAUCACCAAGGAGAUGCUGCGCGGCAUCUUCGAGCCCUUCGGCAAGAUUGACAGCAUCGUCCUGAUGCGAGACCCCGACACCGGCCAGUCCAAGGGCUACGGCUUCAUCACGUUCGCGGAGGCCGAAUGUGCCCGGCGGGCGUUGGAACAACUCAACGGCUUCGAGCUGGCCGGCCGCCCCAUGCGCGUGGGCAGGGUGACCGAACGCCUGGACGGCACCACCGACAUCACCUUCCCCGAGGGCAGCGAGGACGUCGAGCUGGUGGGAGCCACCGGCCGUCUCCAGCUCAUGGCUAAGUUGGCCGAAGGUUCGGGGCUGCAGCUGCCCAGCACGGCCCAGGCCGCCCUCCAGCUCAACGGGGCCCUGCCCCUGGGGGCCCUCAACCCUGCCGCCCUCACCGCCCCGGCGCUGAACCUGGCCUCCCAGACGCUGGCCUCCCAGUGCCUCCAGCUCUCGGGGCUCUUCACCCCCCAGACCAUGUGA